GUACUAUUUACAAACUCGACGCGCAAGAGUGAGUUAUCGUCGGAGGAAUUGAUUGAAAUCAGCAGCGUUUACGAGUUCAUUAACGGAAGGACCUUUUUCUGCAGCGUUUUGUCUUAAACCUAACACGACAAUGAUAAAGAACGGUGCAUCAUAAUCUCGUAAUAUCGCGAAAACAUCUCCAUGUUUUAACCGGUCACCUAGCCACGAUGUCUACUCUAUCAGGUAAGUACGCCUUAUUUUUCUUGGUUUAGUACCCCAAAUGCGGUGUAAAACGAUAAGCUACUCACUAACAAACCGAUACAUAUUUUGUGACAGUUAUUUGAGUCAUAGAAAGACAUUUAACGUGUGGAUAAACAGUCCUUUGACAGAGUUCAAUUCACGUAAGCGACCAGCUUCGUGUUUCGAUAUCGACGAUCCGCUUUAUAUCCUUCAGUGUUUGAGGCCCGCAAUGUUUCGGUGAGAAUGUUAUAUUCCCUACCAAUCAAAGCAUAUUUUCUUCGUUUUUUAUCUUAAAAAUGGAAAACGAGCCCAUUCUAACGUCUAGGCGAGCGUCCACAACAAUUUCUCAGUUUCUCACAUGUGACUCAUACAUUCCGGAAAUUCCAAUUGUCUGAAAUCCUUCUUUUCCCGAGCAGUUCGAGAGUUUUGUCUUGUACAUGUAUAUGCGUAAAUAAAAUAGCUAAAUUGUUUUGUCCUGAUGGCAUUGUAUAAAAAACAAGGUAAAUAAAUUUUAUUUAACAUUAAAUUAUUUAAUAAAAUUUAAUGUUAAUGACAGUAAUUAAGACUUUAAAAAGUCUCAAUUAAUGUUAUUAUUGUACUCUAGCAGUGAGCUACAGUAAAACCAACAGUGAUAUCUGAUGUUUCCUCUAAUGCAUCAAAAACAGAAAAUGCUGAAGUUGGUCCAGUCAUUAAAAUCCCUAAAGAAUCUAGGAGGGUAUAACAUGCCUCAGAAAACACAACUGCAAGUGCUUCAGAGAACAGCACUUCAAAGGUUUUUGAGGGAAUCAAAAUUUUCUUCCAUAAUAAAAAAAAAACAACAACAACAGUAGCAACAACAAACAAACAUCUAUGUUGAUCAUUCCAACAUGUCAACUCCUACAUUAUUGUUCUCCUUAUAAGUGAAUUAUAUAUUUAUAAUUUGUUUAUUUAUGUUAGACACAUCUCGUGCUGUGGAAAUCUUAGAUGGCUUUCAACAGAAGCUCAAGUCCCAAGGAGACACUGACAAUGACGAAGAACUUGAGCAGAUCAAACAGAUGUUGGAGAGUCCACUAUUUAGGCAACUACUAGUGAUACAGCAGUCUAUUAAACGACUUAAUAAACAACUCCAGCAUUCACCACCUGGUGCAGUAAAAGAUUUUGAGUUUUCGCCUACAGGAGAGCUUGUUUUUCCUCACCAGUCUAGCUCAGAUGCAGAGGGAGAGGUAAGGAAUGAGCCAGCAUCAACUACUGGGGUGUUUGAUCAAGAACCCGAGCAGGUUGAAGUGCAACCGAGGAGUGAGCAACAAGACUUGCAAGAGCCCCAGGAAACUUCAUAUGCUUAUGCUGCAGCUCCAGAUCUUCCUGUAGAUGAAUUGGAUUUUGAGUUGCCAGAAGAUAACAGAGAGCAAAUUAAUGACGAGCUUAAGAAAUCCAAAUUUGGUCAGAAUGAAGACUUUCAGAAGGGCAUUGAAACUCUUGCACAGGGUCGUGAGAUUGAGACUGUGAAGUUAAUGAAGCCAGAUCAGGGAGGUCUGGGUUUUAGUGUUGUUGGAUUGAAAAGCGAGAACCGUGGGGAGUUAGGAAUAUUUAUUCAGGAGAUUCAACCUGAAGGUGUUGCUGGAAGGUAAAAGGAUAGCAAAUAAAAUUAUUAUAUAAUAUUACCAUUAUUUGGCCAUUUCAUAUUGUAACGUUACAUUUCUAAUAGUAAGAUUGGAAAUUCAAUGUAUGUUGUAGUUAAAUUUUUCUUGGAUGGAUUGUCAUAAGUUUUGCUGUUUCCUUGUUCUCGUAUAGAUACCUUUUAACAGAAUAUCAUUAGUGUACUUUUUUCCCAUAGAAAGUCACAUUAAUAAUUUUAGCCCUGGCUCCAAGACCCUUGUCAUGAUACAGUAUAAUUUUUUCUAUAUGCAAUGUCUUGAACCCAUCACUAUAAUGUACAAUGUAUGUGUUGUGGCUCAAUUUUUUCCUUGGUUCAAAUUUUAUUUUCCUUUGUUUCAAACUCAUUAUGAUACAUUACCAUAUCCAAAAACAAAGGGAAAUAAAAUUUGAACCAAGGAUAAAAUUGAACAACAACAUAUGUCCCAAAUCUGAAUGGCAAAAUUUCACACAUUAUUAUUGAGGAGGAAACAACCCUGUCUUUACUUUAAAUACUGUCUGUUGUCUUUGUGCUCUUCUUCAUCAUUCUCCCUAUUUUCAUCCUUCUUUGUGUUGUUGGUCUCCAUGAUCUGUACAGUCAUGUAUGUCACUGUUUCAACAGUUUCAAGGCUGCGACUUGUCAGAAUUUUACACUAGGAGGUCCUUCAUGUUAUUUACACUCUAAUGUCUGUCCUUUUUUGUGCUUUAAAGGCAUGGUCGCUUACAGGAAAGUGAUCAGAUCCUUGCAAUUGAUGGCAAACAGCUUGAUAGUGGAGUAUCACAUCAACAAGCUAUUGGCGUUCUACAGCAAACGAGCGGUGAAGUUGAACUUAUUGUUGCCAGGGGAGGAAUACCUCGCUCACGAAAUCUGUCUCGUACAACUUCUGGUGCAAGUUCUAUGCUAUCCAGGACUCCGUCAGAUGUUAGUUCAGUGUCACAUACGUCUAUCACAGUGCCAGUAAGUACAUGUUGUCCUUCUGUCCAAUCUGCAGCAUGAAAAUGCGUGUUAACACUUUAAGCCCCAAUAUCGACAUACAAAUUCUCCAAACCGAUCUCCAUACAUCUCCUUUAAGAAUUAGUUCAGAGAGUUAAUAAAAGAUCAAGGCAUUUCCUCUUUGGUGAUCAUUUUAUUAAUUCUCAUAACUUUAUCUUCUUGACAAUGUAUGGAUAUUGUUAGGAGAAAAUAAUGUUGGUCACCACUGGGACUAAAUUGGUUAAUCCACUAUAACUGCCCCGAUGUGUUCUUUGUAAAUUUAAACUACACUGACUAGCACAAGGAUUGAAGGAGUAUGAAUGAUGAUGAUAAAUAUUAUAAUCAUACAUUUAUCGUUGCAUUGACAUUAUUUGCUGUCUUUGUCAAAAGGAAGCAGUGUGGCCAAGCAGUUAGAGCGCUGGAUUUGUAAUUCAGAUUAAUUUUUUUUGUGGUAGUCCCAAGUUUAACUCCUUGACUACACUUGCAAAUAGGCAGCUAGCUAGUUUCCCAGUUGGCGCGCAGAGAUGCGAAAUUUCUCUUCGAGUGUUGAAAAAUAUUUCAUGAGUGAGCGCAGCGAACAAGUGAAAUAAUUAUUUUUUCAACACUCGAAGAGAAAUUUCGUAUCUCCAAGCGGCCACGUAAUGUCCUCUUUAUUAUAUAAACACCAAUGAACUACCAAACCAUUUCACUUUAAUAGUUUUUUGGUGUGAAAGGUGCAAUUUAUUAUGUAGCCAUAACAACGUUGACAUUUUCACAUGUGAAGAUAUCAAGUUUUCGCUCGAAAGCUCACCUGGUAUUUCUUUGGUGUUUAUAUAACAAAUGUACAUACGUAUAUCCUGUACUGUAAACACACUCAUUAAUCAUUUAUAAAUACAUUUAAGUUGCUGUUUUUACGUUUUGUUUAUUUCUUAAUUUUGUAUUGCUUAAACUACAUGUACAGGCUGGUGAUGGUGAGAAUUUACGGCAUAUUGAGACUGUGGAGCUACACAAUGAUGGUUCAGGUCUGGGAUUUGGUAUUGUUGGUGGUCGAAGUACUGGAGUGAUUGUUAAAACCAUUCUUCCAGGAGGUGUGGCUGAUAGGGUGAGUGAGUGACUGUAUCAGAAGAAUGAGAUGCUGAAACAAGAAAUUUUCUUGACAUUUACAAAUUAAUGUCACAGUUCCUUUUGCUAGGCUUUAAAUUUAAGUCUAAUAAAAACGUGACAACAAAAUAUAUAGCAUAAAGGUGGGAGCACCGCUCUGCGAUCCGCAUGUUCGAUGACUUCCAUAGUUUGACCGUAAAGCCUUACUUAUCUCCUCAGAGCUUAGAGCUAUUUUACAUAUCUAAGCCGGAUCAGUGUGGCAAAGUGGUGCUAUCCAAGUGGAGAUUGCAGUUUAGAGUUGUUGGCGGAAGUCAGACUGGGUUUUACCUCAGUUUUGAUUGACCCUUCAUUUUAAUAUGUUUGUCAGUUUCUAUGAACUAUGUGAAUUUUAGCUCUCACUCAAAAUAUUGGUUAGUUAACCCGUGUUGCCUCUCUGAUUGAACUGUAGGAUGGACGGCUACGAAGUGGUGACCACAUUCUUCAAAUUGGAGAAGUCAAUGUUGGCGGAAUGGGUAGUGAACAGGUGGCGCAAGUCUUACGUAAAGUUGGACAGCAUGUCAAACUGGUUAUUGCACGACUGGUCAUCGGAGAAGAGCCCAUGGUAGACGUUGUUACCGGAGAAGAGGUACAGUUGCCAGCCAAAAACUAUCAAAAACACAUUACAUGGAGAUACAUGUAAUAGCUACUUUUUAAUCGGUUUUGAUUUGUGCAGUUUAAAGGAAAAUGGCCUCGAGAUUACUUACAAAAGCUUUUAAAAAAGGGAAAAAUAAUUUUGAGAAUGCAUGUCAAUUAGAACCAACCCCUCCCCCCCCCAAAGAAAGGCAAACAAACAAACGAAACUGAAGAAGACAUCAGUCUGGAAUUUUUCUUGUGUCUUGUUUUAGGAGGAUAGAGAUGUAUCAACAUUUGAUGUUGAACUUGUGAAGGAUAGCAGAGGACUGGGAAUUACCAUUGCUGGUUAUGUUGAGCAGACAUCACCAGGUUCGUUUGUAAAUGUUUUUCUGGCUUGUAUUUGUUCAUGCUCAUUUUACGUGUACACUUUAUGUAUCUCUUGGACACUCGCAGACUUUUGUAGGGGCUGUGUCUCGAAAAUUUUAUCAAAAUUCAAAUGAUUGUACAUGUACACUGUAGCUGCCUCCAAACAGGGCGAAAAAUACUGAAACUAACCCCUCAAAACAUUAACCGUUUAAGUCCCAAUAGUGACCAACAUUAGUAUUUUCUCCUAACAAUAUCCAUACAUUGUCAAGAGAUUAGGUUAUGAGAAUUAAUAAAAUGAUCACCUAAGAGAAAAUGCUUUGAUCUUUCAUCAAAUUCCCUCAACUCAUUCUUUAAGGAAAUAUAUAGAGAUCAGUUUGGAGAAUUUGUAUGUGGAUAUUGGGACUUAAAGGGUUAAAAGGAGGUAAAAAUAACACAGUAAAAGAAGGGGCAAAUGGGUUAACUUAAUGGAGAAGACAGAUAAUGACAAUGCAAACUCAGAUCAGAUCCGAUGCUUGAAGUGUUAACCACGUGGUCAGUAUGUCUCUGCUUUUGUUUAGUCUUUGAAGAGUUGUCAAUUAAGGCUGCAGUUUUGCAAAUGUUUCUGCCACAUGUGAGACAAUGGUCAUCAGAAUGAGCUGGCCUAAGAUCAAAGGUACAAAUGUUGGCAGGGAUAAUGUUUACAACACUGUGAACUUCUGGAUUCAUUGUUGUGAAUAGAUAAGUGUACUGAGUUUAUGCUAUUAGGAAAAUUGUUGGCUACACAUACAUUGUACAACAUUGCAUUUUACAAAAUGGGUAUGAAGAAUAAUUAUUAUUAGUUUAUCUUCUUUGGCAGUUAAAAGAAUCAUUUCAGGUCAAAGAAAAAUAAAGUUAUUUUUUUGUGCACCUUUUUAUAGAGGAAUUAUCUGGGAUCUUUGUGAAGAGUAUAGCUGAAGGAAGUGCGGCUGCUGUUGAUGGAAAGUUAAGGAUUAAUGACCAGAUAAUUGAGGUACAGGGCUACAAGUAACAAUGCUUGAUGCAGUGUAGCUGUCAGUCUAGUUUCAUUGUGUUAAAAUGUCCUCUUAGGCUAUAUACACACUACUGUAUACCGGUUAUCUUUUUGUGCCCUGAUGCAAAAAUCUAUGCCGUAUAGUAUGAACACCUAUCCAACAUGUGAAUUUCACUUUAGAGAUCGGCACAGCGCAGCUCCUCGCUCUGUUACAGAAAUGGCGCUGAAAUCAGUGUUCUUACAUGUGAACAGCAGCCCUUUCUCAUAAAUUAUGGUUUUCAUGCCAGCGCAAAAGUUAUCCGGUUCAGAGUGAACAUAACCUUGGAUGCCAGAAAAUAAUUAUGAAUGUACCUGUAUAAAAACAUGUAUUAAACUACAUUUUUGCAAACAAGUUAGGCCAUUUUGAAUCAUGAGAAUAUUAUUACUGAUAUAUUUUUUAUCUAUCGAGUCUAUAAAACAUCAAAAACUAACACCCAUAGCUAAUUAGGAGGCUAAGCUGAAAGGGAUGAGUGUACCAUCUGCAAUGAUAACAGCCAUUUUACAAGGCUAUGCAUGUACGUUUGUAGCUUUGUGGCCCAGCAGCUAUCCCUAAGGCUGAUAAUACAACCUGUAACAUUGAUAUUAUUAUAAAUAAAGGCCAAGCACAGAUGCAGACAGCCCAGAUUUUCUGGUUUUUACAGGUUGACGACAUUAAUCUGCACGGAAAAGACAAUCAACAAGCAGUUGAAAUUCUCAAACAAACUGGCCCUGUUGUGAGGCUGAAGGUGGCACGACAUGUCAAUCGCAAAUACAGCAGAUCAUAUACAGCCGGAUCAGUUAGUUCACAGGCCAGUUCAGGAGUAUUGGAAGCUUUGCCUGCAACAGUGCAAGCAAAGUCUGCAGCUAGAAAACCAAGGAAAGGUAGGUUAAUACAUUUGUACCAAUACUGUAUUACAAGUACUGAUACAAGUAUUAGUGUCUAGCUAGUAUAGUAGGAGGAAAUAAUACAUGUCAAAGAAUCAGAGGCACCCAACGAUGGAAUGUGUUUGGAUAUGUCAGAAGUGUCUCAGAUGGUUUUCUAUCUGUUUUAGACGCCUGUUUGGUUAAUUUGGAGCUACCCUAAAAGCUAUUAUUUAUCUGUUCGCAUGUCUUAAGGGGAUGUUUAUCUCUCCCAAGAGUUUUAGGUAGCUUUUUUUGUCUCUUCCGAAACUGUGACUUGUACAUGUAGCUACUCUGGUAUUUAACUUCGAAAGUUUUAGGACACAGAGUAGCCAUACUUUAAAAUUAAAAUUCUAGGGGAGCUAUUGCCUUUAUAACGAAAUUUUCGGGAGACCUUUUUUUGAAUAAAUAAUUGCAACAUUGUGGUAGUAGAAUGUGAAAAACUUAACCUCCAUCAGUUGUAGGUAAGGUAGUAGAAAAUGUCUGAAUGUCUUAGACUAAAUGAUGGAACUGUCAUACUCAAAUUUUUAGCUUUUCUCAAUCUUUAGAAAUUUCUAGGCAAUAUUUGAUUAACCUUGAACAGACAUCAGAAAAAAAGUCGUUGGAUGCCCCUAAAGAAUUUUGUGUAGUAAAAUAUUUUAACUCAUUCAUAUAAUUAAGACUUGAAUGAAUAUUCAUCUUAUUUGAUGACUUGGUAGAGCUGGUUACGGUUUGUACCUUUUGCCUAACAAGAUUUUAAGUUACAUAUAAAAUUUAAUUUUAACUGACAUGUGUGCCAUCUCCAGCUUAAAGUUUGACCCUUGGAGGCAAGAGCUUGAAAAUUGAAAUUGUUAAUACAUGAUAAUUACUUUCGAAUUUUUCUUUCAGAACCAGAAGCUGUUAAAGAGCACUACAGCAAUCUUCUUGGAGAUAGUGUGGACAUUCUAGUGAGUUUGACCUGAUAUGUGUUGUAUUGUAGCCUUGGGGGCUACAGUUGUAGUUGUAUUUGGGUAUACAUGUAGGAUGUUCAGUAUCUGAUCUGCAUUUUUAAUAUUUUGCCCAUUCACCCAUGAACUCAUGCCCAUAAACACACGUGCGGAUUGAUGUCCAUUGUACCACUUCAUGUUAUCAGUUUAACGGUCAAGGACAACUUUUGCAGGAGGAAGAGGUCUUUCAAACCAUGCAAGAGUGAGCAUGAUUCAGUCAAGGAUCAUCACAGAGGAAAACACACACACACCCAAAAACCAUCCACAUGUUGAGUUGACCCAAAAAUUCAAGUGAAAGUCUUGUUACACGUCUCAACUUUAAGGAAAAGUUGGCCAAGGAAAGCAAAAGAUCGAAAAAGAAGGACUGGAAGCGAAAUGUAUAAGUCGAGACUGCUGUGUGUAACUUUUAAAUCCAAAAACUGGCAAUUUUGCUUUCUACUCUUCUAGAACUUCAGAUUUUAUGUACUAGUGGCAUUUUGGGCAAAUUUGGUUCUUUACAUCCAUAACGUGACCAGAAAACAGCUCAACUAUGUGUAGCUUCAGAAGGCUUUUUUGGGCAAAAUUCUUGGGAGUGAAUGGGUCAACUUUUUGCAUGAUGUUCCUGGAUAAAACAUGCCGCUUAAAAUAAUACUGUUUUUUAUCAAUAGGUUGCAGACAUAUCCAAAUUCCAGGCUGGUGGCGGACUGGGUAUCAGUUUGGAGGGCACACAAAAUCCACUAGGUAUUACAAAAUGCAAAAUAUUAGUAAAGGUCCAGUAAGCAUUUCUUUGAUGUGAAUAACUUUAUUGCAAUAUACUGUACACUUUACUGUUGACUGGUGAAAGAUCUAUUGUGGUCUUAUGGCCAUUGAUGUUGUUUCUGUCAGAUGGUUCACUGCCAUGGCACAGAGUACAUGCUGUGAAUCCUGAGGGACCAGUGGGUAAGAAUGGAGUUGUGCAACCUGGCGAUCAUCUGGUGGAGGUAAGUGGAGUCAUCCCUCUUGGGUGGGGUUUGUACUUAUGACCCUUGUCUGAAUUUCAAAUUCAGUUGUUUCAUGUUUUAAGGAGUAGGCCCAUUUUUAUGUCAUUUGUUGCCAUUUCACCUUGUCGUAUAUCGCUGCUUCAAGGACAUGUUGCUUGUCGGAAUUUUAUCCUAACAUGGCCUUAUGUUACUGUCUUUAUUAAAGCCAAAUUCCAUUUCAAUUUGAUAAUGGUAUCUAGCUAGUGAUGAUCAACAUCCUACAUUAGUGAUCACCCAUGGGGAAUAUCCAACUGACCACGUAAUACAGGUUUUUGUCAAGAAAAUGAAGAAUGUGACAUAGCGAAAUAUCCAUUACACAACAAGUUGACCGUAAAGUGGUUCUAUCUCUUCAUGUGAGGAGAGAAAGGGAGCGAAAGAUCGAUGAAUUCAAUGCUUGUGUAUCUGUUACAGAUCAAAAUUAUCUUCAGGUUAAAAUUUUUACCCUAGGUUGAUUCUCAAUUUCAAUCCUUUGUUUCCUACUCCUAAUUCAUGAAUAAUUAGGGCUAAGGGACGAAUGAAAUAUAGACUCAACCUAGGUUAAAAAAUGUUAACGUGAAUUUAAUUUUGACCUAUAACAUAAUUAUCUAUUGCACUUGUAUGGUACGUCUUGACAAAGUAACUGUUAAAUAGAGGUGAAGACAAUAAAAAACAGCUUGUAGGGGCCACGGAAAAGGUGAUGUGACUGAUUAAUAGAGUUGUCUGCCUAAUGCAGGUCAGAGUUACAGUAAUUUAGGGAAAUGCUUUUUCAGGACUUCAGAAAGUGACUGCUUAAUGCAGGUCCUUUUAAUAAAGGUUUGACCUUACCUCCAGCACUUUCCUACCAAACGGCUGACACUGUCUUUAUAAGUCUCCCCCAGUGCUGUACCCCUAACAGUACUAAUCUUUAUUAUUUUGUCAGGUGAAUGGUGAAACUGUACUGGAGAUGAGUCAUUCAGAUGUUGUGUCACUUAUUCAAGGUUUGCCACUGGACUUCCGAUUGGUGGUUGCUAGGAAACGAGAAUUGGUCGACCAGGAACUACCAAUAGCUACAGAAGCUGAAGGAGAGUUGGAGAGUCAACCAACACAAUCUGCGAAACAAGGUAAGGUGGCAUUCCAUUCACCUUGAAUAAAUAAACAAGGUAUUUUGUAAUUUCCCUUACUUUUACUGAUCUACCUAUUAACAUGAAUUAGUAGAAGAGAGUCUAGACCUGGGAAUUACCACGCCCAGCCCAAUGCUGUCUCAGCUGCCUGAUAGCCCCAGCCCUACCGGCUUCAAUGCCUCUUCCAUGUCACAAUCCAUGUGGUCUGAAGACACAGAGUAUGUCGAGCUAGAAAAGGAAGACAGGGGACUGGGAUUUAGCAUUUUAGAUUAUAAGGUGAGACAUUUCAGGAGCAAAUCUUUGGUUACAAUCAUUUGUUAUUAAAAUAAUCCACAGGUAGAAACAGGCUGGAGUUGACCUUUUUUGAUACUACCCUUCCUGCUUUAUUAUAUAAAUCAUGUUCCUAUGCUAACUGGUAUUAAUUUAGCAUAAAUUUCGUUAAAAAAGGCAAGAGGUUUGUAUCAAAACAAGGUCAACCUCAGCCUCACGUUCACUCAGAGGCUAGGGGACUAAGCUCAUAACUGUAAAAUGGUCCAUCGUAGCAUAUGCGACCCAUUCCUAAACGAGUUUGGCAUGUUUUGUCCGCUUAGCGCCGGAGUACUUUGCACGUUGGCUGGUCUUUCAGCAUAACUGGUCGCGCUAAGUUUUCAUAACCGCUACAAGACAGUGUUCACGCAGGCUAACCAGUUGUAAGUACUCUUGAAAAUCUGUUACUUGUGUAUCCUGUUUGUCCAAUGCUACUGGUACUUUGACCUUCUUCUGCAAGUCUGCAGUCUCCCGUAAGUUCACGAUUUUGAGCGGAAUUAUUACUUUUUCUUUUCCUUAUUAUAAGGGUUUUGUUAUAAGGCCUUAAAUUAUAAGCCCUCAGUUAAAACGUCUUUGCUUUUAUAGGAUCCAGUUUCUCCAGAGAAGACCGUGAUCGUGAUUAAGAGCCUGGUACCCGGUGGAGUGGCAGAACAAGAUGGCCGCUUGCACCCAGGAGACCGUCUGAUGUCAGUGAAUGAGACAGAUUUGGAGAACUCCUCACUCGCUUAUGCCGUGCAGACUCUUAAAGGAACGCCAAAGGGUGAGAUGAAAAAAAAAAAAAAAAAACCUGAUGAGAAUUUGUUUGAAUAGUAAUACUUCAGGUGACUCAAGUGCUCAGUGAGAUUCGAAAUCUAGCACUCGAGUCAAAUUGAACUUUAAUGAAGUACAUUUGCGAUUUUCCUUUAUUCUCGAAGUCCUACGAUGGAUAUGACUUGAGGGAAGGGAAGUAUUCGAAGUAUUUGAAAACGUUCUUUUAAACUUCAGGUAAAGUAAGAAUUGGAGUUGCCAGGCCAGCAGUUGGAGACUAUGAAGACGAAGAAGGAACUGGAGAGAGUCCUCCAGACUCUGCAAGGGACAAUGCUGAAGUAACGCUGGAAAAUGAUGUGCAAGGAAAGCAAAGAGAAAGUGAGUUUUCUUUUCAAUCGCGUACUGUUAACUCUGGCCAAUCAGGUACGAGCCGAAAAUCAAAUGAGCCAAUCACAUACCGAGCCUAUGUAUGUGGCGGGAAUUUGUGACGGGUGCCAGGCGCGGGAAAAUGCUUGAGCAAGUUUUGAUUGGUUGAGGAAAUAUUCACGAAAUCUCUCAACCAAUCGCGAAGCUUAGCGGUGCAAUGAAUCGAGUCUCAUAAAAUGAAAAUCACGGAAACUCCUCUGCCAAAUUAAAACCGUUGUAGUUCAACAUCUAUAAACCAGUCAAAGGUAGCUCUUGCUUAGCGCGGGAAAAGGUAAGCGAGCGAGCCUCGUUGGUGUGGUUUUGCUUUAAUUUGAUAGGUUAGAACAGUGGCGCGGAAGCCUUUAAUAAUGCUUUUAAAAAACUAUGAAUAAACGGUCUUACGUUGUUUAAAGUGGGAUUUUCCAUAUUCGUUCGUACUAUGAGUGCAAUAGUAUAUUGUUGGCAGGAACUGCCCACGAGCUUUGUGUUAGACAGCUGCGAAGUACUGAGGCAUAUCUUUUAUAGCGGGUUUGACUAAGUAUAAUUUUCACCACUUUUUUUUUACUCGUGUUAUAGGCAAACAAUCAGCCUUGCUUGGCGACAUAGAGGUUGAAAAAGUAAGCGACAAUGAAUCGAGUGACAGUGAAGAAGAAGAAGACAGGUCCGGCAAGUUCGAUUUUGGUCCACCAUUGUUGUUCUCUGGAGACUCCGUUGACUUGGACAGUUUACCGGAAAACAUUAAAUCACGUAUGGAGACGAUAACCAUUCGGCGUCAGAUGGUUGGAAAACUAGGUCAGUUCAUAAUUAAAGAACGCAUGUGUUGUGAAAUUAUAUUAUCAAAAUUCACACUCUGGGAGCAGCCACAAAUUGAGUGAAACAUGCUCAGAGUAUGAAAAGCAGGUCAGAAUAACACAGCAAGUACAAAAGAAUGCCCGAAUGGACAAACCUGAAAAAGAUUGAAACAGAUUGCAUGCAACUGUGGUUUUUGAAGACAUGUUGGUCUAAGGAUGUUGUUACACGAGACGAUUCGCAACGACGAUUUUUAGCGUAACACAGCGUUUCAACAUUGUUAUUACAUUGUUUCGAAUGGCUGCAAUGUUGUUCCAACAUUUGAACCCUGUGUUGCGCUAAAAAUCGUCGUUGCGAAUCGUCCCGAGUGACAUCACCUUAACAGUUUUUCAAAGUUCAUUCUUGCUGUUUGUAGCGUUUGAUAUUAUGCGUGGGAGACAAAUUUCUUUGACGAAGUUGUUAUUUUGUCCCUUACAAGUAAUUUGUCAAGUUUCAUGGCGAAUAAAGACGCGUUAUUGGAGAUAUGAGGGUCUUUAAGAUCCAACGGCGCGACGGCAACGAGAGCGUCGCUUAAAAGAUGAAUUUGCGUUCUUUCAGUCUUUAUCGGGAUUAUUUCUACCCACUUACUUUGUCAAAUGUAGGCGAACCCUCCUGAGGUUGAGUUCCAAGAGACUAUAUCCAAGUCCAGAUUUCGUCGUUACUUGUUUACGUUCUCCAUAAAACGCGAAGUUAGGCUAUUUCACGUGGUAGUCGUGCAAAAAUGUCGAGAAAUGUACAAAAAGUGUGAUGCACGUGCUAAGUUGUUGUUUUGCUAAUUAAACCUAUUGUUUCUUCGACGUUCUCGUUGCGGUCGCGUCGUUGGAUCUUAAAGUCCCUAUUAAAAUGAACUAGAUAACCAUGACAUUUCUCCUUUAAACGAGGCAUGUGUUGCAUGUUAAACAGUUACAAUAAACAACCACGACAACUAUAAGGACCUGUUUACUUGGAGGUGAGGUGACCCGCCUCAUGUCACCUCGCCUACCUGGCAAUCUGCACAUGCGAUAAACUAAUAAAUUAAAUAUUUGUAUGGCAAUGUAUAUUUAACGUUUUCGGGAGAAAAUUUAUUAAAAUUGCUUUUUGGUAUGAUUCAGUUGAUUGGUUCGGGGCGUCCUAAGUUCGAUGUCUGACCCAACAGACGAUCUUAUCUUAAUUUAGGACGACCCAAAUUAGAGUUUUGUUCGUCUGGUGAAAAGUUCGACGUCUGUCCUAGGCCUAAGGAAAUUGAAAUAGGCUCAAUAACCCAAAUGAAGAUUGAAAACAAGGUAUAUCACCUCUUCUUAGUGACAUUAUUGUUUGCUGCUUAAGGUUGCUCUACCCUUAAGCAAAAUACAUAGGCAGAAGUGAAAAAUGUUUUGCACGUUUGUAAGCGUUGAUAUACGAAGACGCAGGACGGAGGGAAAAGGAAAGUUUCGUGAGGAGGGUGAUAUCAGAUGGUCACGAUAUGCUCCCUUUUUCCCGAUUUACACAUGCGACACAACGACAUAAAGCACUAGCAGACGCGAGUGGAAAAGUUAUCUUUCGCUUGCCUAUUCUUAUGCUUGUGCUCCAACUGUUCACUCGUAGUUCUCUUAUGCUUGCCUUUAUGCGCUUUCAAAUUCUAAAUACGGGCGUGGUCGAAACGGGAGAAAUGCGUCGUGUGAAAUAUAUCGUGUUUUUCUCUGCGUUAUAUAACUCUAAACAUGUUUUCAGUAAGCUCAAUUUCGUGGUGCACUUCAUCCAGGUUUGACGCUAAAGGGUGAUGAAGACGGCUGUGGAUGUGUUGUCAAGUCCGUCCUGAACGGAGGCGCUGUUGGACUGGACGGCCGGAUAGGGGUCGGGGAUCACAUCUGUGCUGUCAAUGAUGAAAGUAUGAUCGGCCUGUCAAGUCACAGAGCUAGGUAUUGGCAUUUAUUGCCAUUAAAGUUGUUUAUGCAAGCUUUUUCCAAUAUCAAAACACCGACUAGUGGGUAGAGAACAGAGCCACUGAAUUUGGUAAUUGAAUUAUACAUGAGGGUAGGAGCCUGGUGAGUGCCAAAGGCUCCCUUCCCCCCUCCUUUUACUCUUGUGUAUGUUCAGUGGUUUUUCCAAAACAAAACCGCUUGAGGUCAUACAAAUUGCUUGUACUUUUCAGGUCAGUGCUUCGGAAACAGUCUUUACUGAAGGAUAUAGUGUGAGUAUAUUAGCAAUUAAAGUCAUUAACUCUUUUUAAGCGUGGAAAAACUCUUGUGAGCAACAUGGCGACGGGUUUCGUUCAAUUUUCUGACUGGCAGAGACUCGUAAAAUCAACAGAGAUUCAAUUAGCUAAACAGUAGAUACAAGGACAUAAAGAACCAAUUCGUGCGUUGACGGAGUGAGUCGAAGAUAAAAUCCUUUCAGCUGUAAUUAAACCUUUGUCAACCUACUGUCAUUUUCUAGACGUUACCUAUGCCUACAUUUACAUGUCUCCGUAACUGGCUCUACGAUAUUGGCCAUUGAGAGGUUGAGAGUAGGACUGGGGCUGCGUUGCUUUAUGGGAGUACUUUGGGGACGCCAUCUCUUCUUUUAUUGGCUAUUACGAAAAUGCGCAGAAAACCUACCAGUGUCCCCUCAAAACAGCCCCAUAAAGAAAACUAACGCUACAAUGACCGAGCCUCAAGCACGAUCUCAAAAUGGUCGAUAAUGAAAUCCUCAACUCGCUUCAUUUUUUUGUAGGUUUACGUUCAUUCGUAGCGACAUGACGCCUGCACGUGCUAUUCAGCAGUCCCCCUCAUCUUUCCUAGAAGACAGCUCGACUUCUUCGAUGGAUUCUUCGCCGCUGGAGGCUGAACUUGAACGAGAGCGGAGAAGGUACUGGGAGGAGAGGGAAUUAUGCUACAUUGGGUUUAUGUAGUUACAGUCAAUGUAGGGGGUUAUUAAAGCGUCAGUAAAUGUAAUAAUUGUUUUAUUUCUUUAAGAAUAUAAUAAUGAAAAGAAUGAACUCACCUACGCCUCUUCAGUUUCAAAUCUUGUCGUCGUGUUAUGCAUUUUUCAGUUUUUUUAGUUGCGAUGGGUGACCAUGAACGAUUUUUGGAGCCUGAUUUAUUCGGAAGUUGAAAUUUUGGUCAGCAUCUUACCUAUAUAUUGGGAGAGAAUUACCAACUUCCUGUAAAUAUAUGACAACUACAACUCGCAAGCCUCUAGUCUAGUUUCCUAUGCAAUCGUUUAAUCUCGCCACGCAUCGCUUUUCGUUGAGAGCGUUGUGUGACGAGACAAAAACGGCUGCGUAGGAGAUUAGCAAGCCUCGUGAUGUUCAUUUGCUUGCUUUUUCAUCACUAUUUUAGGGACGAAGCUGAAGAGCACACCAUCCCAGACGCAGGAGAAAACCUUCCAGACCUGCUUCAAUCGGCCAGACCGCCCAUCUAUGACGAACCUGGAGUUCGAGUGGUCGAACUCAACCGCGGGCCUGAUAGUGGCCUGGGUAUCAGCAUCGUGGGCGGAAAAGUAGGUCCGGGAGGUCUGGGCCUCAAAGGCAUCUUUAUCAGACACGUACUAGAGUCCAGUCCGGCUGCGCGCUUAGGAACGUUGGUGACUGGUGACCAGAUUUUAGAGGUAAAGCAUCUAAUAAAUUAAGGUCUAUAGUUGAGUUUGUCAAGCCUUACCAAAUGGAGACUUUCGCUUCGUAACCAAACAGAAACACAAGUGACGAGCAAACUGUAUAGGAGCCAACUAAGUGUUCAACAACAACUAAUCUCAAAGAUAUAAUGAUAUGCAGGUGCCAUACAAGACAGACCCUUGUAAUCUGUGCUACGUCAUAUAUAGUCCGGGGCCAUGUGUAAUCUCGUGGGCAUUUCAUGAACAUUUUAGUUUCUUGGAAGAAAUCUAAAGUUUAAGAGGUGUUUUAUCGUAAGAAAGCUGUCUGCAAUUUUUUCGAAGUCAUGUAAGAUUAAUUUAUGCAAAUUACAUUCAUGACCCCUAAAACACAGGGUACUCAAGUCUGCCUUUGUUAUACAUAGCCGAAAUAACUCACAUAAUGCAAAACAAACUGUGUAAAGCGCGCUUUUAAGUCUGUUCUAUCAUAUAAAGCCUCUAUAAUGCCUUUUCCGAAAAUUUAGUAUUCUUAGCUGAUGGGACUAGAUUUGAAGGUCCUCAUCGUCACUAUUAUCCCUUUUAACCACAGGCGGCCCAAGCUCAUUUCAUGAACGCGGACGUGACUCUUGCUUGCGAGCGGUGUUGUGUUACAAACGGUUAUUUACAAAGGUUUGUAUGGGAUGCAAACGGUUUUUCUUAAAAGAGAUAAAAAAUGUUAUGUUUUGAAAUAAAAUCGACGUACCUUAUUGCCUUGUUGUAUUCUUUGUUGUUUGCCCGCGUCUCAGGCCGUUUUGAAGCGUUUUCGGCGAGUUAGCGGUUAGCAGUGGGACACCAAAAUAGCGCUAACUCGCCGAAAACGCUUCAAAACGGCCUGAGACGCGGGCAAACAACAAAGAAUACAACAAGGCAAUAAGGUACGUCGAUUUUAUUUAAAAACAUAACAUUUUUUAUCUCUUUUAAGAAAAACCGUUUGCAUCCCAUACAAACCUUUGUAAAUAACCGUUUGUAACACAACACCGCUCGCAAGCAAGAGUCACGUCCGCGUUCAUGAAAUGAGCUUGGGCCGCCUGUGUUUUAACAUGCUUAACUGUAUCAGUGUUAAAGUUCCUGUUCGUACGUGUCAAUUUACAUGACCCAGACAUAUCUGUGCAUUAGAGUUUGUGCUUCCUGCACGUACAGCUUAUUGUGUUGCAUGCGAGUUUCAUCCACACUGGAUCAGCUGCAGGACGGCCAAAGAUGCUGGUAGGGAGUGUGGUUGGAACAGGCUGCAUCCCCAUCUUUUUGCCAUCCGUGUAACGUUCGGCUAAGAAUGCUAGUAUUGGGCUGUCAUCUUGUGUAGGGCUGCUAUAGCAGGGUGUAGCGGUUUAUCUACUUAUUGUUUCUUGCUAUAAAGAAAGAAUCUGACCUCUCCUAUGGCUCUCUCAGCUGUGUCGAUGGGAUGUACAACUGGAAGACGAAGCGCUUUAGCUUUAUGUACAUAUCAUCUGGCCAGGAUGGUGUAGCUGUUUCCUAGGCUAGAGAAGGCAUCGAGUAUCGGUAGUUUGGCUUUCUUUAGAUUAUUCGAAAAACACACUUUGCUUUUUCCACUGAUGGUGCCCCCGGGGGGGGCACUUGGGUAUUUUUUGGGUGGGUGAGUGCCGCCCGAUACUCCAAAUUGGCACCCCGUUCUAGAAAUGGGCCAAUUUUUUAUACCCCGUUCUAGAAUUCGCCCUAAAACUGAUACCCCGUUCUAGAAAUGGGCCAAUUUUUCAUACUCCGUUCUAGGGUGCAACAAGAGUACAACGGUUUGCUUGUUAACGCAUUGAACCGUAUUUUUAAAAGUAAUCUGGCCUUGAAUACUUUCAAAUGGCUGCUUACAAAAGUGGAGCUUUCGUGCGUUCGAAAUAUUAUACCCCGUUCUACAAAACGCCUCUGAAAUGGAUACCCCGUUCUAAAUCAGGAGCUUCAAAAUCACGACCCCUUUGGGCGGCACAUACCCGUAUAGGUAAUGUAUGGGAGUACCCCCCCGGGAUGGUGCCUGUCUGAUCACAUCCUGAUAAAGCGUGAAAGCCAGGUAAAGCGUUUACGAGGUCUUCUCCGACCACCUCGUGGAGUGCUCCUGGUGGAGUACUUCUUCCUUUUCCUUCUGACUCUGCAGUCAAUGUAGUAUCCAGACAAAGUCUCUUGUAAGUCCAGAGCAUCAGAACGAGGUUCAUCUGUAUCUUGGCUCUGAUCUUCUCUCUUUGUGGCGUCUAGACCAUUCAGGAGCAUACGGACACAAUAGACAACUUCCAAAGCACAAACUCAGCCAAAACUCUAAAAAUCUUCAAUGUUUACUCAAGUUUGGGCUUAUAGAAGGUAAUGUCACAGUUUUUCAAUGACCAUGAAAUUCAGAGUCUGGGUAGUUAGUUAAUCAAUUGUGGCCCUGAAAAAAUUUGAAGGAAAAAAAACUACGAAUUUUUAAGAAAAUGCUCUUUUCGUGAGAAGGACUCUUAAACGCUGACAAACGUCAACAAAUAGCCAAAACUAUAAUUUCUAUAUGUUUGCUUUGCUCGAAAUCGCGCGCAUUUACAAGGCCCUAAACUGUUUUGCUGACUUGCAAGGACCCAUCUGUUAUAAGGAUGCCCAAAAUACAGAGAUGAAUCUCAUAGUUUAUUAGAUAUAAUCCGUGUAAAGUUUGCCUAUCAUUUUCGCAUAAAUUAUGACCGAAAUUUGGAAACCGCUGAAUUUCUCGAAUUGGGUCUUUGCGAUUUUGGUGAAACUCUGUUCAGCGCAAGGCACUAAUGCGCACUAUGUGUAGCCGAGAGAUUUUCACGAAAAAAUGCCGGCAACAGCAGAUUUUCGACUCAGACCUCAAAGGGGCGUGGCAUUAUAACCACGUGACAUUUACUCCGAUCGCCAAAAAUUUUAUGUUAUAUUGUAGAUUGAUCUAUAUGUUAUCCAUUCUAUGUGUUAGACUUACGAUAAAAGUAAAGGUGGGGAAACCAGAGAGCUUCAAAGUAGGAUGGUACCCCCCCCCCCCCAAAAAAAAACUGGGUCGAGUCACCUUAAAAGUGCUUAUGGUAUCCUCCAUGUGAAGAUCAGGCCUUGAGAGAAUCACAACUAAGAAACGUGUGAAGAGAGCUCUGUCAUCCUUUAAGGGUGCGAUUCCACUAGUUCUUUUGUUUUUCUUUGUUUUCCAAGCAAACUUCCAUGACUUGAGAUGUGCCUUUUUCUUGGGGCCUCGACGAUUUCAAUUUUUGCUUGAACAAACUUAUGUGCCAAAAUACGCCUGACUGAUGUCAUUUUGCAUUAGCACUCCCUUCUUGAUGUAACCUAGCAUAACUGCUUUUGUGAUGAUGUUCACCAGGUGACUUUCCAUCGCGAAAGGGUCACUCACUUUAAGCACAUCUUUAAGCUUCUGUACAUUUUCGUUAUCGCGCUUUGUUAGCACAUCGCUUAAAUCAUGAUGGUGUGAUGAUGAAGCUCUUUGUAAUCCCACCGUGUCAUCAGCUUGCGUCGCCAGUCGACUCAGUUCUGGUGCCACAAGGAAAGAUCUUGUCAUGGCUGCUGGUUGCUGUGUCCUCCCCGGACCUUCAUCAACUUGUUGACGUGUUCUAUAGCAUUUUCCGGACCAAUUGCACAGAAUGGGCGCUCCUCGUCGGUCAUUCAAAAGUUUUCUUGCAGGAAAUCAAGGCAUAUAUCGGGAUCAUCGAUCUUAAACCUGUGCAUCUGCGCUGGAUAUGUGUAAUGGCACCAUUCGUGCAAAACUUAGCCUGCCUUGAGCAAAGAAAUACCGUGCCAAAGCCUUGAGGGACUCAAGGUGAAGAUUCCAGUCUCCCCCUCUUGUUGCGCGUGUGAACAGCAGGAUACACAUCACAAACUUCAUGUAGUCUUGUGCAAACUUGUUAAAGUAGUAACAUGAAGACUCCAUGACCUUAUCAAAUCGCAAAAACCUCUUUUGAAGCCAGUCGGUGUCCAUUGCGGUUAAAAAGUCUUUGAGUUGUGUUUCGCCCCUUGCUCACUUUAUCAACCUUCCUGGCAGAUGAUUUUCAUCGCAAAGGAUGCUAUUAUUACAUUUGCGUAAUCGGCUUCGCUCUUCAAAAACGCCUCCACAUGCAGAUCACUUAGAGCAGAGUCUGUUAUGCUGUGAGGUCUGAGUACGCUUCAUACGUUCCCCUUCAAGGAUCUAUCGCAUUGUAUUUGAGCCAUAUCCCCGCCGCUAUCCAUUCUUCGUAAAAGCAACUGCCCUCGAUUGAUGCCCCAAGAGUGCGUUAAGAAGUCAUCGUGCAUGAUCAUGUGCAGCUGCAUGUGCAUCUCGCCGAUUCAGAAGACCAGGUUGUCUAAGUGUGGGACCUUCCUAAACAUAGUAUACACCCAUUUAAUUCUAUUAGUGAAUGUAUUGUUUUAAUGUGCCAAAUUGAUAAUAAUGAAUAAAUAAAACUCCAUAAUCUUGCGGUUUUUUCCAGAUAAAUCGAAUACACAGUAGUAGGUCGUCAGGUAAAUAUGCCUUCGCACACUAAAAUCAAAUAAGAGAGGAAGAAUAACCUGAAAACUAAUAAGGUGUUGAGUCUUAAACCACGGGGAGACCAUCAAAACGCAUGCCUUUUCUAGCUGGACUCAGACAGGAUUAUACCAUAUAUUUUCUGGUGUUUAAAAAUCGGCAGAGAACAGAAAGAGAACUUUAAAAAGCUGGAGAAUUGGACUCGUAAAUUCAAAGGGGAUUCAUCAAAAGAUGUAGUAAAUAACUGGAGAAAAGAAAAGAUGUUUCUGAAAUGAAAACCCGUGUAUCUUGCUUUAAAUAUUUGGUCCAUUCGUUCAUUCCUUGAAACAGUCAAAAUGUGAUGUAAACUGCUGUUGUAAAUGCAUUUAUUAUAUUUGAUUCCUGAAGUGGCGAAUCAAACUGAAGGCAUUUUGUUGUCAUUCAUCAGCUAUAUAAUGACGUCAUAUCUAAUUUGCAUAAGACAGGCCUAAAUGGCUCUGAAAAAAUUGCAGACAACUUUUUUUCGAUUCAGCACCAUUUAAACUGUAAGUUUCUGCAAAGAAACUUCAAUGUUCAUAAAAUGCCCACGAGAACGAUUUUUCGGACACAUGGCCCUGGACUAAUAGGUCAUAUAACCUGAGGGCCAAAAAAACUAGAGGCGCAUGCCAUCGACCGGGAAAAAAAUGGAAAAUGGAAAUUCCGCUUGGAAUCAAAUGGUUCACCCGAUACCAUUCAGAGGAAAAUUUCAGUCUUUAAAGGCGAUGUUAUUGCUACGGUGCCAGAUCCAGGUCUUGGGAUGGGGUUGGGGGGGGGGGGGGGGGGGCGGUGAUCCGCCACUGUGCUAAGCUCUUUUCAGUCUAAUAAGACUCCAGAUCAGACUCCAGCUGAUUUUGAUAAACUUUGUGGCCGGUCCUCCUCUCAGAUUGAUUGUCCAAUAAUUAUGCAUGAGUUUUUAAAACGAGUGCUUUAUUAAAGCACCCUGUUUGUCAGUACCCUCUCAUUAAAGACAACCAAGUUUGGUUUAAUAUUCUGCAACAGUUUUGUGGAAUCAACUACCCGAUACUAUGAUAAUGAGAGUAAGUAAGUAUGGCUGCUAGAAAGGAGAUACCAUAAAGUUUCGAAAGUAACGACCCUUGUUACUUGUAGCAUUUGCUAACACCUGUGAAAUUCUAUCGCUACUUUCGAAGGGUCGCUACUUUCGGGAGGUCGUUACUUUCGGACCUUUACGGUAGAGCGAGGAUAGCAUCUACUCUAUCCUUCGUUAUAACUUCACUUUUCAUUUUUUCUUAGGUUGAUGGUCACGAUCUCCGUGACGCAUCCCAUGACGAGGCUGUGGAGAUAAUCAAACGCGCCAAGAAUCCUGUGCGUUUUGUGGUGAGAACCGUGUCUUCCAGCACAGGCGGCCCACCCGUGAUGCCAGCCACACCGGAAGUAACACUUAACAAUCAGGUGGGUUCCUUUGAUUUUAAUAGUCUCUCUGAGCUGCGAGCGAGCGACUAUGCCACCAUUAGCCUGCGAGCAAACUCUCCAAUGAAUUACAUGUACGGCGAUCGAAGCGAUUCGUGAUGGAAGGCGCGAGCGAGUGCGUGCUUCUUUAAAAAGCGCAUGUCGUGCAGUAAUGCCAAUUUGUCAUCGGCUAUCUCCCUUGCUUCGAGAGGUACUUUCGACGGUUUUUCACUCAAACAAAACACUUCUGAAUUUUAAUUCCAUCUAGAACGCACACACGCGUGUUCAUACGUGUUUCGUGGGUAAACAAAUGAAGCCUCUCAGCCCCGUUAUUCACAUAAACAUUCUCCAGACUUAUAUCCAUACAUUUCCUUAGAGAGUUAGUCAAGAGAAUUUGUGAAAGAUCAAAGCAAUUUCCCUUAAGUGAUCAUUUUCCUAAUUCUCAUAACUUUUUCUCUUGAUUAAUGUACUUAUGUAUCAAACUGCGUUCUUGAAAUCAUUAAAUCAGAAAAUUUCCCAAGCCGUGCUCUUUGUUUAGCUCGUCUGAAAGAUCUGUAAAAAGGAUCCUUUAUUUUUCCAAAAUCAUGAAUAAUUGAUCCAUAUUAUUAUUUUAUUGGACUCCUUUAUACAGUCGACCAAUGGAAUGAAACAAUAAACAAAAGUGAAUGAUUAAAUGCGGGGUGGUUGUGAUUCAAUGAUCUGUUAAUGUUUGUCUUGAGGUUUACUUGAAAGAAAAACAAAACCAAAAAAACUCAAAUCACGACAGAUUCAACCCCGAGAGGCGUCCGUCUGUUCGAUUUUAAGAAAAUAGCCGUGACAGUUGGGUAUUUUGAAAACAAAUAAUGCCUAUUUAGAGGCAGGUUGAGGCAGAUAACAAACAAACAUCACUACAGCUGUAAGGGAUUUUACAAGUUUUUCCCCAUUCAAUAUGCCGCUACGUUUCGGAAGAUCAAAAGGUUUAAAUUUGGAAAGAGAUCGAAGUUAUGUUUGUAAGGUAACAGCUUCGCAACGCGCUAUUCUCGUUACAACAAAUACCCAGACACUGUUCAUAAAACUAUAAAUAAGUGUAUCGCUUAUGGAUUAAUGACAUGAUAAGUUUAAAACUUGUAGAGCAUUACUCAUUGUUCGUUUCAGAAGGUAAUUAAUUACAUUUCCAUCUAAAAAUGCAAGGCAAUCUUAUUUCCUGCUUUGUUGUUCUGCCUGCAAUUGUAAGUCAAUAUUCAAACCUCUCACUUCUGAUUAUUAUCCUUUUUUUGUAUUUUAAUUCGUUUAUAAUAUUUUAUAGUCCUAUCUCUGAUCAUUGUUCGCCUCACGUAAAGUGAGUCUUGUAAUCUGGAUUCCACGUCGUGGAUUUCGGUUUCCAGGUAGUAGAUUUGUCAAUGGAACUUGGAUUCGUCAGGGGGAAUCUGGAUUCCACUAGCAAACAUUUCCCAGAUUCUUGAAUUCGGACUCCCUUAAACGGGGCAUUCCAGUAUAUUUUUGCUGCAUUUGAGUGAUAAAUUAUCAGUAUUGUACAACAUAGACAUAGGCUAGCAACGAUCUGUUUUGUCUGUGUUGUUAUCCCAUAAUAGGGACCUUAAGCAAAGGUAUUUUUGGGCGACGCACGUUAAUCGAAAAUGAGGUUUUUUCCCUUUAGUAUUUUUGUUCCUAUAGAAACAAUGUGCCCGAAAAUUUGGGCACAGCCACUGCCCAAGAAAGCAAAAAUUCCACGUUUGGUUGACGUGUGUGUUACUAAAAACGUCUUUGCUUAUAAGAACUCUACUAAUAACGUAAUAACUUAGAAACCGGUCGUGUGUUUGUUGCUUACUACUACUUCUUUUUAUCAUUCCAAGGUCGAAUCAACGAAUGUGACAGUAACGAGUGCCAGGCCCUCAGCCGAGUUGUCUACGUUGCCGUCUGAUGACUCGCUGAGAAAAGACAUUCCUAUUCCCGCCAAAAACCUUACCGCUGAAGCAGAAGAACCAGUCACAAGCGUUGUCAAGAGUGAUGACGUCAAGGCCGAUAUUGAGAGCAAACUGUUGAACUUUCCUCCGCGUUUUAACAUAGUCAAAAGUCAGGAAGACAGAAAAAGUAUGGUGUUUUUGUAUAUUUAUUAAUUUGUUUUCCCUCUUUUUUCUGAGUUGUAAUUGCCUUUCUGUGACACAAGCAGCGAAGUCAAAUUAUAACAGAUAGGUUAUUAUUGUCAAAUAGUGAUUAAAAAAAAAAAAAAACGGUAGAGUACCCUGGCUAGGCACCAAUCGUCGAUCGCCCUCCUAAUGCGCUCGCUAUCCCUAGGUGAUCGUUUUAAGUUUGACAAAAAUCUUUUUAAAAGUGCUGUGUUAAUUACUCUUACGUUGUGUAUGUUUCAGUUUAUAACCCGCAUAGACAAAGCUCGUUAGCAGCCAAUCAAUUUGUAUAUCUCACAUCCAAAUGUCUCUGUGUUUUCCAGGGCAACUGAGAAUUAAGUACCCGGAUGUUACGGGCGAGUUCCUGAUCGUGAAUCUUACUAAAGGAGGCACUGGAUUAGGUAAGUUGAACUGCAAAAGGAGCGAUCAGAGUAACAUUCAUAAAAAUUACAAACGUUCAUUUAUACUGAAAAACAACAGUCAUCACAGGAAGCUGAAAUUCAAGAAAAUUACAAAAGUUCAAAAUUACACUGAAAAGAAAAAUAUCCACUAAAACGAUUGGGAGUUAGAAUUAUCCAUGUCUCCCAAACAAAGGGAAAUAAAUUGCUUGUGGUCUCAGCAGUUUGCUAGUCGAAAAAAAUCUUACUAGCAAAACUUUGCAAGUGCACUAAAAAGAUAACUUCGAGCCCUGUAUGCAACACUGCGUUUUUCGGGGCCAGUUGCUUAAACCCGUUUACCAGGGGGUCAAUUUGAUAAAACGUUUACAAACGUAAUUUACAAUUAGUGUAGCCAAUGUUGUAAAGUCUGAAAACAAUACCUACACUUGUAAAUUGCUCUUGUUAAAGUUUUACAAAAUGGACCAUUUCCGAGGCCGUCAAAGGGAAUACCCCCUGCUCACCCUUGGAGAGUUUGCUACUGUGCUAACGUCUGGCGUCAGAAUAAAGAGUUUUACUGGGAUAAACGACAGAGGCUGUCUGUUAUGCAAGACCUUUCCGCUACUUUACCGUGAAGUGAUAUUGUGUGUGUUUUGUAGUUUUUGCCAGCAAAUAAUGUUUCGUUUUUGACUGUUUAAAAAUCAACCAGUAUGAUUCCUAACGCAUUUUUUCUUUGGUAGUUGUUCAGUAACGUGCAACCUUGACCUUCUCACUAAGUCUCUGUCUGCUCUCCCUCUCUAGAGAAUCUCGUUUAACCUGUCAAUCCUGUUUUGUAUUCAGGUUUGAGUAUUGCAGGCGGUAAAGGUGCUGCAGCAAACCGUAUUUUUGUUGUUGAUGUAAAGCCAGGCGGGCCAGCGGAAAAGGAUGGAAAAAUACAACAAGCGGAUGAAAUCUUGGAGGUUAAUGACAUUGGCAUACGGGGCUUGACUCAUUACGAGGCUUCAACCAUAUUAAAGGUUAGUUUUAAUAUUGAUUUAAUGUUUUAUUUGAUGUGAUGUAUUAUUUUUGUUUUGUCUUGUAUAAUAUCACGUCGUCUUUUAGACUGAACAGUGAACUUUGAUUACGAGUUCCCUGCCUUUUACUCGUCUUCCGUCCUUUUGAACGCGAGGUGGAUCUUUUAUGGUUUGUUAAAAUACUUUAAGUGAAACAUUGUAUUUGUUUUGAAAUCUGUAACGAGUGUAACAAAAGCGUCAUUUGUUACAAGAACCAAUACGCUUCUGGUUGGCAUUAUUAAUAUCAAUAGGUGACCUCAGCGUAACUAACGCUAGCUAUCGCACUGUUCUUUCCGUUUAACGACACGAACCUGUCUGCUAUUCAAUAUAGUUCCCCCAACUCACUUCACAUGCCUCUUGCCAGAAUCCCUGCAGUUUUACUAUAUUUUUGGAGCAAAUUUUGUAACCAGGAAAAUCAAAUUCUGUAAAUGAUAUCCUGAGGGUAUAUUUUCCGCUAUUUCUAUUUUUCCCCUAGAACACCCCUCCUGAGGUCGAGCUGGUGCUUGGGCGCACGCAGGAAGCCGCUGAUUUUCUGAGUCGAGCUCGAACACCACCGGCUCAUGAAUCUCCCAGAGACCGCGCGUCAUUUGAACCGGAAGUGAAGGCACUCAAUGUUCAGUCCACCGAAUCAUCGCCGUCAGCUCAGAGGAGAGAAACCGGAAGCCCCCGACGGUCUGGGCCCAGCCCUAGUGCCAGUCCUCCACCGGUUGCUGUGGGUAUUACUGUGUCACCGACUCUUCUUAAAGAACUGUCUGGGGGUCAGAAAGUCGAGUUCAUUGAUUUUGUCAAGGUUGGUAAAAUGUUAUGUGUGUGCCGAAUAGAACCCUUGUUUUCAUUGGAUUUCCUUUUGGAAGUUGUGUUGCCCCCUUCCGCCCACCUCUUGCUGAACGGGUUGUUUGUAAUAUAGGCGAAUGAGGGACUCUUUGCUAUACCGAGUGGGGUUGCAGCAAUACUCCCAGCUGUAGCGUUUUGUGUGACGUUUUUCCCGCUCACAUUCGUUAAUAGUCCUACCCUGAAGGUACGACUUUUGGGUUAGUUAUGAUACCGUUCAAGGGAUACCUUAGCCUGUUACAGGCUUCGAAAUAGUUGUUUGCACGAAAACCGAGUGGGGCUGGGAAUAGCCGGGGAAGUCUCUCUUCUCGCCGUUUUAGCCCGUCCGCUUUUUCCGCUCGUUUGCACUGACCGUGAGUCUGGCACCGGCUAAUGAAACCUCUACGACAGCUCUUUGUUAUAGUAACAUCUGCUUCCCAUAUCUUACAAAAUGGAAGUAAGAAUUUUCCUUGCAAUGGUUUUUAGACUCUUGCAAGAAAGCGUUGCGUUACAGAUACGUGACUCGUGUGCCCCAUAACAUUUUAUAGUGGAUUAUGCAUGACCAAACUCGACUUGACCUCUGCUGACGAUUGAUAUAAAUUGGUGGUUCAUUCUUUUUUUGUGCAGUAAAAGUAGCUUUCUUCAGACUGGAACACCUGGUAAUAUGUAUUUUUCUGAUGCGCCAAUCAACCUUUUCCUUUCUUUUGUUAGAGUCCUACUGGUCUGGGUUUUGCUGUGGUGGAAGGCCCAGGAUUUGUUGAGGGUCAGACAGGUAUAUACGUAAAGGACAUCACUGAGGGAGGACCUGCCCAAAAGGUACUUCAACCUAUCCCGGUUCUCUUAAACAAAAUGCUUGUGUAUUUAUGUUUAAGUCUUUGUGUUAACGCAGCGUUUUUGUAAGGACUAGCGAGACAUUUGACCUCAGUGAAGAGUACUCCUAAGCUAGUUUCUGCUUUAUCUUUAGGACAACCGACUGAGGAAAGGAGAUCAGCUGCUUGCAGUGGAUAACCAACCCAUUGUAGGACUUUCUCAUGCUGAGGUAAACGACUGUCGUCGCUAGUGAAAUAUAAUCAAACCUUUUGGGACACACAUCCCUCGUUAACUCUUUAAGGCCCAAUAGUGACCAGCGUCUAAUUUCUCCCAACAAUAACACUGCCUGCUCAAACGGACAGCUAAUGAGAAUUAAUGAAAUGAUCACCAAAGAUGAAGUGUUGUGAUCUUAGAACAUAUUCUCUCAAGCAGUACCAUAAGGAAUGUAUGAAGAACAGUGUGGAGAAGAUGUAUGUUGAUGUUUGGGCUUAAAGGGUUAACGGACAUUAAAAUGCUCUCCUGGAGCGGGAAUUCCACUGUUAAGACACUGUUUUUUUUUUAAGCAUCCCUUAAGAGGACACCUCUCGUAAGCAAACGUGCACACCCCUUCUCGAUGCUGUAUACGCUAAAACUAACCUUCCUUAAGCGGCCAGUAAAACAAAACAAGACUAGACUGAAGAAGGAUUCAAACCGCAGACAACUAAGGGACGGAGAAGAGGAACACUACCUUGCCCUGCGAGCCUUUUGGCCUACAGACAUAGGAAAAGAGAGGGAAAGAAAGAUUUGAUUAGGUUUCCGCUUUUAUAGUCGCUGUUAUCUCUGCGAUCUACAAAGUGAUCUGUCGUGAAACAAACGAUAGGUGAAGCCUAUCAUACACAAAGCACCCUGAAAACUGUCUUUCGGCGUUAUAUUUAAAAAAAAAAUGGUAACAAAGAAAAAUUGUGGCUGGUUAUAUUGUCAACAAUUCCUUUAACAAUCAAUCAGUUAGUCGAAGUUGGCUUGAAACUCUUCCCUCUCUACUCACUAUUGAGCCAAUCAAAGCGGUUAAUAUCUCGUGAUGGUGGUCCUGUUUUAAUAGCUUCGUUGGCACACACCUGUGCUUACCGGAUCAGCUUUUAAAAGUGUGGAUUUGUUUGUUUUUAGGCUGUUGCCAUAUUAAAAAGAACCAAAGGAAAGGUGUCACUCGUGGUUGCCAGGAAACAAACGCCAGCCGGAAGUGGACAAGUUUCCGAAAAGACCGGAAGUCCUCGCGCCAUUAAGCGGGGACCCCCUGUUGCUAAGAAACCUGUCAGGGACUCUUUAUCAGACCCCAAAAAACCCGGCAGUCCAAGAAAAGCCGAGAGUCCCCGAAUGACUAAGAAAGCUUACGAAAGGUCUCCGAGUGGAAGUCCCGUAACGCCGAGAAAAUCUCCACCCAAACCAGAAGUGCCUGAGCCAGAAGUUUUGGUUAUCCAGCAGUCUCCUAGGGAAGCAGCAGGUAUGUGGUGUAUUAUAUACUGAUAUUUAGCUUGGAUUAGACUUAAUCAAAGCCCGUGUUAAGGUCGCGACUCUGUUUCUCGCUGUCGCUCGCUUUGCGAGCGCCCCUUGCGCUUUCGACGCUGUCUUGGUCGACUUGUGGCAAAUCUCACCUUUAAUAUUCUUUUACCGGCAUGUUCAACUGACUUCUUAUCUCUCGUCUUGUUUUUACAGUUACGCCCCUUGUCUCAUCGCUAACACAGAUGCCAAAUCCCCGCACAGCACCAAUAAUUCCCGGUCAAGAGUGUGUGAUUGAAAUUCCUAAAGGCAACACUGGCCUGGGGCUUAGUAUUGUAGGCGGAGCAGAUACUCUCUUGGUGAGUUCAAGUUGCGUCAAUUGAUUUAAUUUACCUAUAAUAUUGCUAGCUUCCAUGUGACGUCAUUACGAAGUUCUUGUUCGGCUGCUUCCCAGGCUUUCUCGGUCAAUUCAAUUCGGUGACGUAUCCGAGACUAACAUAGGUCGCGCGAAAAAAGUUAGGCCUAGGGACUAGGCGAGCGCCUCCUUACAAAUCUCUAUAAAUUUGAGUUAAUCAUUUCUCCUUGUAUCUCGCAUUUGAAAAAUCACACAGAACUUAAUCUUGGCGAGGCUGUUUGCCUUUUUAUGUUCUAUUUUUUCCGAUUCCCAAAUUCUGGGCUUUAUCUACAUAACGAUUUCGAUUUUUAUUUUUGAUUGCGUGACAGCGAAAACCAACAGUGUGAGCAGUUCUCGAUCGGUUUUGGAUUCCCCUUCUUUGGUUAGCGUACUGUUAAGCUGAUUGUUUUGCUAACAAGUGUAGUGAAUCCGUACCAUUCAAUUGAAAAGCUCUUUGAACGGAACGUAGUCUCCCUCUCAGCCGUUUUUAGUGUCGGCGACACUAAAAACGGCUGCGAGGAAGACUAAACGGAACGUUAAUGCCUUUUUUAUUUCCCAGGGUGCGAUUGUCAUACAUGAAGUAUAUGAAGACGGUGCCGCUGCUCAAGAUGGAAGACUGUGGGCUGGAGAUCAAAUAUUGGAAGUGAGUUAUCCGGUGUUGUUGAUUGAACUGUUAACGUUAUUGUUUAACCAUAAGAACUACCCGCUUUUGGUUUGUUCGUCAUAUCAAUUAUUUUAGCGUUUUUGCAAAAUCUUGAGGUCUGUAGCGAAGUAAACGUUCCUUAACCCCACCAGGUUUGCCAAACAAGAAUGACUCUGAUUACCUUCGCAUGUGACGAAACCGUUGAAGUACAUAGCGUCGUAAACAAUCAUAAGCACCAUCAGUUUUAAGUCUCACCGGAAGUGGUGUCACCUGCAAUUGAGUCUACCUACGCAUGUCAUAUGCUAUUCCCGCUGUUCAUACUGACUGAUGUUUUUUCCAAAGGUAAACUCUGUGGACCUACGAGAGGCGACUCAUGACAUGGCUAUCACAGCUCUCCGGCAGACACCAGCUGUAGUACGACUUGUAGUUCUCAGAGACGAGUCACAAUUUAAAGACGAAGGUGUGGUUCAGAGUUAAUUAUUUUAAUUACUGUAAUUAAAGUAUUGAUCGUAUGUACUUUGCAUAGCCUGCGAAGAUUGCGGAGUAGUUAUCCGCUAGAUACUCCCAAUCUUCCCGUGGCUCCGCCGCCAAAAACAGCAGCAUUCAACCGCUAAUCCGGCAGUUAUGCAGGCAAACUGUGUAACUGAGUCUUCCUUCCUUACUGCUCUUUUCACAAACACGCAAACUCUAAAGUUCAAAAGCCGCCUUGCAUUUUUUCGCUGCCUUCAAUCAUAUUGAUCCGUCUGCGAUUCCGUCUCAUUUUGAAUUUUUUUGUUGUUGUUGCAAAUUUAAAGUUGGCGUUUGUCUCUGAACACUCCCAGUGUUAAAGGAAAUGACGCAUAGUUCACCUGUUCCCUGUCCAAGGUGAAUUAAAGUUAUUUCACAGUUAUAUGAUAAGGAGUUUUAUUUACUCUGCAGAGGCUUUUGAAUACCUGACGCUUGAUUUGAACAAAGCACCCGGACAGGGCCUAGGCUUGAGCAUUGUUGGCCGAAGGUAAAGUCUGUGAAAUAGACUGAAAUCAAUUAAUCAAAUAUCUUGCGGUGUGACGGUCCGCCUUGAAGCUAUUACUCUCUGUUAUGAUUGCUUCCAUUGUAAUCAACACAGUGUAAAGUAAAUAAUUCAGUUUUUCCACAUACUUUUUUCACCCUACAGGAAUGACACUGGAGUAUUCGUUUCUGAUGUUGUCAAAGGCGGCGUUGCCGAGGCUGACGGACGCUUGCUGCCUGGUGAUCAGAUCCUUUCUGUUAACGGAGAAGAUCUUAAAAAUGCAACGCAGGAAAUCGCUGCCGGCGUCCUUAAGGUAACCAUGGUAACGUGUCUAGGUAAAUACCAGGGCGAUGGUUUUUUUUUCAAGUUGGUGGUAACGGGUAAAAGACUACUUUCAUGGCGCAAAUAAUUGUGAUCAGGAAAAUUUUUUCAAGAUUUAAUAGACUGUUGAUAAAGACUACAGCGUAACGUCACGUGUACUGAUGAACAAAUAGAGAGGUUAGCAUCACGUUUACGUCAAUUUGUACCACGUUACCAAGUUUUCCAUAUGCUUGUUGCCUACUGUUCACUAUUUCUACACAUAAAUAAUGUAGUUUCACGCAAUUUUUUAUCCAUAAGAGUUUUCUGAGCUGUUAUUAUCUGCUCUCUUUCUAUUUUGAGAAAUUCUUAACUUGAAUUUGACAUUUGCCGUUUGCCGCUUAAACUUUCUAAUGCUGCUUUUUUUUUUUUCAGCGAACUUCUGGUCGGCUUAUACUGGAGAUCGCCAGACUGAAACACGGUACCAGUUCCCGCCCGUCUUCAAUGAGCAGUUUGCCCAACAUACAAUUAGGCGCCGGUUCGCUCAGUAGCAUGGAAAAUAUUGCUGUUAAUAUCCCUCUCGGUAAGUGAUGAGUUUUCUAUUUGUGUAAGCCUCCUAAGGGUACUGGUAAGGCCACAUCUGUGUGUAAGGAUUAGGGACCUUUGAGUCAAUUCGCGUUCUUUCAAUUUUCAUCACGAUUAUUCCAUCUCACUUACUUUGUCAAACAAAUGGGAACUCUCCAGGAGUUGAAUCACUAAGAACAAUGUCUAAGUGUAGAAAGAGAAAGAAUUUCGAUUUCACUUGUUCACUUCAUCCAUGAAACGUGAAAUUAGGUCACGUAGUAGUGCAAAGACGGUAAAGGAAUUCACAAAAAGUGUGCUGCACGUGCCGAGUUGUUGUUUUGCUUAUAAAACCUCUUCCUUUUUCUGACGUUUUCGUUGCCGUUACCGUUGCCGUUGCAGUCGUCUGAUCUUAAGGUCCCCUACAUUAAUAUGCUCCUUUGGCAAAAGGUAGUCUACCUUUGUACCUUAAAAACAGUAAUAUUAACCCUGAGCAUAUGAACAAGCUAUAAAUUUGAUAAAACCCAACAGAAUUACGCCUCUCUUUUUCUAGGCUAACGAUAGCUUGUAAGAACUUUUUACUGAAAUACCUUUUUUUUUCAAGAUUUUGAACAACUGGAAACACAUCCAACAGAACAAAUAUCCGUUCCCGGCCUCCCUCUUGCGAAUUUGCUACCAACGUCGGAGCUCGUAGAGCAAACUGGCGAUCUGAUUCAGUCAGAUGGAGAAGAGGAAGAAGAAGAAACGUGAGUAGAGUUUAGAAUAUUUAUCUACUCUCCAUCACAGGUUGACAAAAUAGUCACCAAUGUCAUUUGUCAAAAGAGAGCAGAGCAGUAAUUUAUCCACAGUUUCUAGGUUAAAUUACAUGAUUCUCUUUCACAGUCUCAGGAUCUUGUGACUCAGAUGUUCUUUCUCUUGCCAAUGGUUUGAGUUGGAGUGUGCGAGAAACUCAACCGGACCCACAAAGAGAAGGAAACUGGGUCCCAGUUAACUCUCGCAAAGACUUCUCGGAGGCUGUUACUCAGGGCCAAGUUGUUCGAAGGCCGAUUUGCGCUUAACCCUGGAUUAAAUUUAACCCGUGCUUGUUUUUCUUGUGUUCAAAAGCAUUUUCUGGGAUAAUUUUCUGUGCUAUUUUUUAGAGCUUCCAAUCGUCAACUUGUAGACAAAAAGAAUUAAAACUGAAAUGCAUUUUAAGCUUUCAAAUCUAACUUCAAAUCUUGCUCUAACCCUGGGUUAUCUUAACCCAGCUUUGAACAACUCGGCCCAGGACAGUAAAAAUAACAAUGACCAAUAGCUGACCGGCGCAUCCUCGCUGGUACAAAUCCCAGAAGUCUUGCGAAAGUUAACUCGACCUGGUUUCCUUUUCGUUUCUAAGAGAAUAUCUCUUAAAACUUAAAAGCGUAGGCUCGUCUGCAUCGUAAGAAUGUUAGAAGUCACUCUUUUCUUUACGGAUUCCUAAUACUUCUCUUGUAUCUUUUCAGGCCACUGGAGCCCAAACUUAUUGAGCUAGAACGCGGCCCAGAGGGCCUGGGUUUCAGUAUCGUGGGUGGUCAUGGGAGUCCUCAUGGCGACCUUCCAAUCUACGUCAAAACUGUCUUCCCCACUGGUGCCGCGGCACGAGACGGACGACUGAAGCGUGGUGAUCAGAUUGUUGCUGUGAAUGGAGAGAGCCUUGUGGGUGUAGCGCAUGAGAAUGCCGUUGCUAUGCUGAAGAGAACCAAAGGAAAAAUUAUUCUAACUGUACUUUCAUAAGGAACGCGUUAUUUUCAUAUGGGUAACCUGUGCACUCUAAGCAUAAGUGUCCUGUGCCAAACCUGUACUUCCAAGACAAAAAAAUAAUGUUAACGCCACAUCGCCUACCGAAAGGUUUUCAUGCUUUAAUGUUGCUCACGUAGUUUUUAAAUUAUGUUCAUAUUAUCUUUUGAUAAUCGUUUUUAUGCGCGUUUUAAGUUUUCUGUUCUUCUCUUUUUUCGUAUAAACUUAAAAUCAUUCCAUGUAUGCUAACAAUAUCAAACAGCGAUUUUCACCCCUUAGUAUAGUCUGCGGGCCAGCUCGUCUGGGGGUACGCCGUGGUGGUACCUUAGGAGAGCCCUCUCGCAGGCUAGUAGAAGCUAAUUUGCUUCCAAUAAACUCUCAGCGUGACUUGCUGAUCGUAACUCCAGCUUCUGUAGUUAUUAACUUAUAAUAUUGAACUGCAACGUGCAGUAUGCAUGCCUGUUACAAUAUGUUGUAAAAAAGGUUUCGACUUUUUCUAGUCUAAAUAAAGUUUCAAAUAAAAUUCUGCGC